AUGGCCUCGACAUCCGCUGCUCAUCCACAUCUUGCUGAGUACGAGACUCGCUGGAGAGACCUCCACAAUUUCCUCAAAGACAAGGGCUACAAACUACGAAGUCGCUACAGUCCGGACUGGGUGCCCUCUUGGACGAACACCAACAAGGCUCCCAUAAAGUGCGAGGAUGGAGUCAGGUCGCCACAUUCUCGUUUAUUAGAUGCACGGCGUAUUCAUGAUGGUGCUCGCGUAUCACUUAAGUCUAUAGACGUGUCACGCCAUCCUUAUGAGGUAGAGAUCGGUCGUCAUUUCUGUAGCUCACCUCUUAGCGAAGAUCCUGCCAAUCAUUGCGUGCCAAUUUACGAUGUUCUGAAGGUGCCCACCGAUGAUAAUCUUGCAAUCCUGGUCAUGCCACUACUUCGAGAUGCCACAGAUCCCUUCUUUGAUACGGUUGGGGAAGUUGUGGAUUGUGUUCACCAGCUUUUUGAGGGGCUACGCUUCAUGCACAUGCAUCAUGUUGCUCACCGUGAUUGCAUGCAGCUGAACAUACUAAUGGACGGCAGUAUGUUCAUAGAUGCUUGGCAUCCAAACGACCAAUAUAUGUCUGAGGACCUCAAACGCCCAGCCAGGCAUCGUACACGCACGCAGUCUCCGCCACGAUACUACUACAUAGACUUUGGUAUCUCCCGAAAAUAUGAUGCAUCCAACACCAACCCAUUGGAAUUGCCUAUAUAUGGUGGAGAUAAAGAAGUGCCAGAAUUCAAGGAAGACUACAGCAAACCUUGCAACCCCUUCCCAACUGAUGUUUGGUAUCUUGGACAUGCUAUGCAAGAAACAUUUCUCGACGUAAAGUGGACCAUGCAUUACUCGGGUGUGGAAUUCCUGAGAAGUCUAGUAUCGGACAUGAUGCACUCAGAUCCAGUACAACGUCCGAACAUGGACGAAGUUUUUUCUCGAUUCCAGGAUAUACGCCAGGGUUUCAGCAGCUGGAAAUUACGUUCCCGGGUGGCUCAUGAUGACGAGAGGUCUGUUUUUGAUUUCCUAGCCCACUGGGCUCGCCGCAUUCAAUACAUAGUACGUAGGAUUCCCCCAACGCAUACCUCACUGUCAUAG